AUGGACAGAAAGCAUUUGAUUAAUGUCCAAGUCACUGCGGUGGCAGCGAGAGCCGCCUCCCCUAGGGCUCAGGCCGCGUGAGGCAGGAGCGGCGGGGCUCUGCCCGGAGGGCAGAGGCCGGAGUGACUCUCCCGGGAGUUUCCUGCGCAGAGACCCGCGCCUCCCGCGCGGGAGUCCCGGCCCCUGCGACCUCCUUUACCCCCGCCCUAGACUCUGCUCAGCAUGUAGUCACCCAUCCCUCCUAGGACUUUGCAGAGGCCACAACUUUCCCUCUUCGCCGCCGGGGACCGCGCAGCAGCAGGCGCGCAGGGCAGCGCUCAGCACGGCCGCUCAGCCCCGCGUCCCGCCGCCCACCAUGAGCGAGGAGAGCCGCGGGGACGGCCGCGCCGAGAGCGCCAAGGACGCGGAGAAGCAGCUUCGCCUGCGCGUGUGCGUGCUCAGCGAGCUGCAGAAGACCGAGCGGGACUAUGUGGGCACGCUGGAGUUCCUGGUGUCGGCAUUCUUACACCGAAUGAACCAGUGUGCAGCAGCAAAAGUUGACAAGAAUGUAACAGAGGAAACGGUGAAGAUGUUGUUUUCGAACAUCGAAGAUAUCCUUGCAGUACAUAAAGAAUUCUUAAAAGUUGUAGAAGAAUGCUUACAUCCUGAACCUAAUGCUCAACAAGAAGUGGGAACCUGCUUUCUUCACUUUAAAGAUAAGUUUCGUAUCUAUGAUGAAUAUUGUAGUAACCAUGAAAAAGCACAAAAAUUGCUUCUUGAACUUAACAAAAUAAGAACAAUUCGGACAUUUCUUUUGAACUGCAUGCUGCUUGGAGGACGAAAAAACACAGAUGUUCCCCUGGAAGGCUACUUGGUAACGCCCAUACAAAGGAUAUGCAAGUACCCUCUCCUUUUGAAGGAGUUACUGAAGCGGACUCCACGGAAGCACAGUGACUAUGCAGCAGUGACCGAAGCUCUCCAAGCCAUGAAAGCUGUCUGUUCCAACAUAAAUGAGGCCAAAAGACAAAUGGAGAAGUUAGAAGUUCUGGAGGAAUGGCAGUCUCACAUUGAAGGCUGGGAGGGGUCCAACAUUACUGACACCUGCACUGAAAUGCUAAUGUGUGGAGUUUUGCUGAAAAUUUCUUCUGGAAACAUUCAAGAGCGGGUGUUUUUUCUUUUUGAUAAUCUUUUGGUGUACUGCAAAAGAAAACACAGACGGUUGAAGAAUAGCAAGGGUUCCACAGAUGGACAUCGGUACCUUUUUCGUGGCCGGAUCAACACGGAAGUGAUGGAAGUGGAGAAUGUGGAUGACGGAACAGCGGAUUUCCAUAGCAGUGGACAUAUUGUUGUUAAUGGGUGGAAAAUACAUAACACGGCUAAAAAUAAGUGGUUUGUGUGCAUGGCAAAAACACCAGAAGAAAAGCAUGAAUGGUUUGAAGCAAUUUUGAAAGAAAGAGAACGACGAAAAGUUUUAAAAUUAGGAAUGGAGCAAGACACCUGGGUAAUGAUCUCUGAACAGGGUGAGAAACUUUAUAAAAUGAUGUGCAAGCAAGGAAAUCUAAUCAAAGACAGAAAAAGAAAACUGACUACGUUCCCUAAAUGCUUUCUCGGAAGUGAAUUUGUGUCGUGGCUGUUGGAGACGGGAGAAAUCCAUAGGCCUGAGGAAGGUGUUCACUUGGGACAAGCAUUAUUAGAAAAUGGAAUUAUCCAUCAUGUUACUGAUAAACAUCAAUUUAAGCCAGAGCAGAUGUUAUAUAGAUUCCGCUAUGAUGAUGGUACAUUUUACCCAAGAAAUGAGAUGCAGGAUGUGAUUUCAAAGGGUGUGAGAUUAUAUUGUCGUCUUCAUAGUCUUUUUACUCCAGUAGUAAGAGAUAAAGAUUACCAUUUGAGGACCUACAAAUCUGUGGUCAUGGCCAACAAAUUGAUAGACUGGUUAAUUGCACAGGGGGAUUGCCGCACUAGAGAAGAGGCAAUGAUAUUUGGAACUGCGCUCUGUGACAAUGGAUUUAUGCACCACGUCCUUGAAAAAAGUGAAUUCAAAGAUGAACCCCUGCUUUUCCGGUUUUUUUCGGAUGAGGAAAUGGAAGGAUCAAAUAUGAAGCAUCGACUCAUGAAACAUGAUUUAAAAGUUGUGGAAAAUGUUAUAGCUAAAUCUCUCCUGAUUAAAUCUAAUGAAGGCAGCUAUGGCUUUGGGCUAGAAGACAAAAAUAAAGUUCCAAUAAUAAAGAUGGUAGAAAGGGGGUCUAAUGCUGAGAUGGCUGGCAUGGAAGUUGGGAAAAAGAUUUUUGCCAUUAAUGGUGACCUAGUUUUUAUGAGACCUUUCAAUGAAGUGGAUUGCUUCCUGAAAUCAUGCUUAAACAGCAGAAAGCCUCUAAGAGUUCUCGUGAGCACAAAGCCAAGGGAGACAGUUAAAAUCCCAGAUUCAGCUGAUGGGCUUGGAUUUCAAAUCAGAGGGUUUGGCCCUUCUGUUGUGCAUGCAGUAGGAAGAGGCACUGUGGCUGCAGCAGCUGGCCUUCAACCUGGACAGUGUAUUAUCAAAGUAAAUGGCAUCAAUGUCAGCAAAGAGUCACAUGCCAGUGUCAUCGCACACGUGACAGCCUGCAGGAAGUACAAGCGUCCAAUGAAGCAAGAUUCCAUACAGUGGGUUUAUGACAGCAUUGAGAGUGCUCAAGAGGAUCUCCAAAAGUCUAACUCCAAAGCCCCUGGAGAGGAAGCAGGGGAUGCUUUUGACUGCAAAGUAGAAGCCUGUAUUCCAGAGGCGAUUGACAAGUUCAACACCAUGGCCAUCAUUGAUGGGAAGAAGGAACACGUGAGUCUGACAGUGGACAAUGUCCACCUGGAAUACGGAGUGGUAUACGAGUAUGACAGCACGGCUGGGAUCAAGUGCAAUGUGGUGGAGAAGAUGAUUGAGCCCAAAGGAUUCUUCAGUUUAACUGCCAAGAUUCUUGAAGCCCUGGCUAAAAGUGAUGAUCAUUUUGUACAAAACUGCACCAACCUUAAUUCUCUAAAUGAAGUGAUUCCUGCUGACCUUCAGAGUAAAUUCAAUGCCAUUUGCAGUAAAAGAAUUGAGCACAUACGUCAUAGAAUAUCCAGUUAUAAAAAGUUCUCUCGUGUGCUGAAGAACAGAUCCUGGCCCACCUUUAAACAAGCCAAAUCUAAAAUCUCUCCAUUGCACAGCAGUGAUUUCUGCCCUACCAACUGCCAUAUCAAUGUGAUGGAAGUUUCUUAUCCUAAAACAUCAACCUCCCUAGGGAGUGCCUUUGGUGUUCAGUUGGAUAAUAGGAAACAUAAUUCUCAUGAUAAAGAAAAUAAAUCUUCUGAUCAAGGGAAACUGAGCCCUAUGGUGUACAUUCAGCAUACAAUUACAACCAUGGCAGCCCCCUCGGGUCUGUCUCUGGGACAGCAAGGUGGCCACGGUCUCCGGUAUUUGUUAAAAGAAGAAGACUUAGAGACUCAAGAUAUCUAUCAGAAACUGCUGGGCAAACUUCAGACUGCAUUGAAAGAGGUGGAGAUGUGUGUUUGUCAAAUCGAUGACCUUUUGUCUUCUAUAACAAAUUCUCCUAAAUUGGAGCAUAAGAGAUCAGAGUGUAUAACACCAACAGACAGUGACAAUGAGAAGGGGGAAAGAAACAGCAAACGAGUGUGCUUUAAUGUGGCAGGAGAUGAGCAGGAAGAUUCGGGUCAUGACACCAUCAGCAACAGAGACUCUUACAGCGACUGCAACAGCAACAGGAACUCCACCGCCUCAUUCACGAGCAUCUGCAGCAGCCAGUGCAGCUCAUAUUUUCACAGCGAUGAAAUGGACUCAGGUGAUGAACUUCCCCUAAGUGUUCGCAUUUCUCAUGAGAAACAGGACAGGAUACACAGUUGCCUUGAGCAUCUCUUCAGCCAGGUGGAUUCAAUUACCAAUCUCCUAAAAGGCCAGGCUGUUGUAAGAGCCUUUGAGCAAACCAAGCAUCUCACACCAGGUCGAGGAUUACAAGAAUUUCAGCAAGAAAUGGAACCAAAGCUGAGUUGUCCAAAAAGGUUAAGACUUCACAUCAAGCAAGAUCCCUGGAAUCUUCCCAGCAGUGUCCAGGCUCUUGCUCAGAACAUCAGAAAAUUUGUUGAAGAGGUGAAGUGUAGAAUACUCCUAGCUCUUCUUGAAUAUUCAGACAGUGAAACGCAGCUCCGGAGAGACAUGGUUUUCUGCCAAAGUCUCGUGGCCACUGUCUCUGCCUUCUCUGAGCAGCUCAUGGCUGCCUUAAACCAAAUGUUUGAUAACAGCAAGGAAAAUGAGAUGGAAACUUGGGAAGCCAGCAGAAGGUGGCUUGAUCAGAUAGCAAAUGCUGGUGUUCUUUUUCACUUUCAGUCACUUCUGUCACCAAACUUGACAGAUGAACAAGCCAUGCUAGAAGAUACACUGGUUGCACUAUUUGAUUUGGAGAAGGUUUCUUUUUACUUUAAACCAUCAGAAGAGGAACCACUUAUUGCAAAUGUACCUCUUACAUAUCAGGCAGAAGGAACCCGGCAAGCUCUGAAAAUUUACUUCUACAUUGACAGUUAUCAUUUUGAACAACUGCCUCAACGGUUGAAAAAUGGAGGAGGGUUUAAAAUUCACCCUGUUCUUUUUGCACAAGCAUUGGAGAGCAUGGAAGGAUAUUAUUAUAGAGACAAUGUUUCAGUGGAAGAAUUUCAAGCCCAGAUAAAUGCAGCCUCAUUGGAAAAGAUCAAACAGUACAACCAGAAGCUCAGGGCAUUCUAUGUGGACAAAUCAAACUCGCCACCAAACUCCACAUCCAAAGCUGCCUAUGUAGAUAAGCUAAUGAGGUCUCUCAAUGCUUUGGAUGAACUUUAUCGCCUGGUAACCUCAUUCAUCAGAUCCAAACGCAUAGCUGCCUGUGCAAACACAGCUUGCAGUGCCUCUGGGGUUGGCCUGCUGUCAGUUUCCUCCGAGUUGUGCGACAGGCUGGGAGCCUGCCACAUCAUCAUGUGCAACAGCGGUGUGCACCGAUGCACCCUGAGUGUGACGCUGGAGCAGACCAUCAUUCUAGCCAGAAGCCACGGGCUGCCUCCUCGCUACAUUAUGCAGGCCACAGAUGUCAUGAGGAAGCAGGGAGCAAGAGUUCAGAACACAGCCAAGAAUUUGGGAGUCAGAGACCGGACCCCUCAGUCAGCUCCAAGACUGUACAAGCUCUGCGAGCCACCUCCCCCAGUUGGAGAAGAAUGAAGAGCAUUACCAAGGAACCAGGCAAGCAGAUGCUUCCUCACACUGCCUAGACAAAGUACAUGCUGGUUUAUCAUUUCCCAGUGAAGAUGAAGUAAUGCAUUUUCUCCUUCAUGAUGUAAAUGACUAACAGUUUGUACUGGGAUAUGUAUGCUGGAAAUGUUUAUUCAAACAGUUCACACAUACACCCCAAAAAACUGAUCUUUCUGUAUACUGACAUUAAAUAUUCAUUUAUAGGCCAAAAUUCAUCUCUGGAAUUGAUAUGCAUCCUCUUUUCAUUCAGUAAUUUUAUUGUGUUUGAUUUCAACUUCCCCAAAUGGACUCAUUUUACUAAUGCAUAGUUUUAAUUGAAGACAAAGACAGUCACUGAGGAAAGACGGCCACACUCUACAAAUCAUAAUGCAAAAAUAGUAAGGACGGCAUAGACUGGGUGAUACAGUGGGUGUUUUGUCCCCUGAUUACCCCAGAGAAAGGCAUGUUCAUGGAGGUGGAGAACCACGGUUCACUUCUGCUUUGCAGGAGAGAAGAAGAGAUAUGGAGACCUCCAGCAAGAUUUUUUCUGCUGCUUUUUAGUGUACUUAUGUCCAUGGACAGACCCAGUGAGUUGGCUCUGUCCCUGGACUCUGCAAUGGGCAUGGUUCCCCUGGGUGAUAUACCAUUGGUGACCAUAGGUAGGAAGUGGCAGGAAGUGGAAAGAUAAAAGGAAGCAGAGUGAGUGAAAAAAAUAAGUCUGUAUAAAACUCAGCCUUUAACAUAGAAAGAUACCUAAAUUCUUAAUUUUAGGAAGCCCUUCCUAUGAGAUCUCAGACUCUUAAAGAAUAUACCAUUAUGAAUAUUUUUUAAUCAAGGUAUAUGUAUAAGACAAGAAAAAUAAAGCUUUAUUUAUUGUACUUUAAAAGGACCAUUACAAACCUUGAUAAUUUUUGAAGGUAUAUUCUGUCUUCAUUCUAAAUACAUGUAAUGUUUAUCAUUUUAUAUUGAUGUAAUAUUGUUUUUAUCAUUAUGGAUACAUUAAUAUUGAUUUUAAAUUAAUAAUUUUCAAAAGAAUAAAAAGACCAUAAUAAUUAAAAUCAUGCUUUACUUAACCAUGGGGAUCCACAGGGAUACUAAGUUCUGAGAAAUAUGUCAUUAGGCAAUGUUUUGUGCAAACAUCAUACAGUCCACUUAUGCAAGGUAAGACAAUAUCAUUCAAUAAUAUAAACUAUGGGACCACUCUUAUAUGUUGUCUGCUGUGGACCAUGUCACUAUGUAGAAUAUGUCUGCAUAUGAUUUGAAGUGAAGUAUGUUAAAUACUUUUUAUAACUAAAGCUUAGGCAAACUAUUAUUAAGUUAUAAUUUGGGAAAUCUAAUUAUGGCUUUCAAAAUCUUACUAAAAACCAUCACUACCAGUUGUGUAUUAAAUAAUAAAAAUGCUCCGUUACAUAUGUAUGAGUUAUUUAUAUACUGCUGGUCAAGUAGUAAUAAAUGUUAAUUGGUACAGAAGCACUUGAAUCUUUUGUGUUGAACACAUAUGUACAAUGACAAGUAAGUUAGCCAACAUUAGAGUUUCCAAAGAAAAAGUUGAACAUUUUCAGUUUAAUAAAGAUAGAGCCUUUACAUAAAUAUCUAUAUUAAGUAUAUGUUUAGCUUUCUGGGAUUGAACAUUCUUAAGAUCAUCAGUAAGUGAUCCUGAAGGCUCAUGUAAAUUGUGAUUUUCCGUAUACUGAUAAUUUGGUAACAUUCAAUGUAGGGUUAAUGAGUGAACACAACUGAUUAACUUUACGUAUUGUCAUGACUGUUUUUUAAUCACCACUUGGCAGGAGGCAUGCAAGGGUCACCUGAACAAUUCAGUUGUACUUUGCCAUAAUCUCAUGGGGCACAUUAUCUGCUAUUGUGGUAUUUAUAAAUAAAUAUAUUUUAAGGAUCUGUUCUUCAUAUAAUAGGAUGUGCUUCAUAUUAUUUUUAGAGUAAUACAUAAAUGUACCACCUAUCAGUGUACAUGGCACUUACUAAGUGUUUAAAAGUUAGUACUAGUUUAUGUUAACAUCAGUCACUGUACUUUUUUAUUUUAAUAAAAAAUUGUAACUAACAUUUUAUAAGUGACUACUGUGUACCAAAUAAUACCUCUGAUUGUUUUACCCAUAGUUUGUUGUUACUGUUUCAUACAUCCUCAUAACAGUGAUGUAAGAUAGUGUUUUUUUAUUUUCCCCAAAGAAUGGCCCAAAGACUUAAAUAAAUUCAUGUGACUAACAAGUGCUAGAACCAAAAUUUAAAUCCAAGAAUUCUGCCUUCUUAAUACAUUAUCCUUAAUAUCUUUAAUAAUAUCACUAUUUUAAUAGAAUCAAUUAUUUUACUAAGGUUGAAGUUACAAGGCAUGUAGUGCCAUUUAAUUAUACAUUUUGUAUUGAUAAAAAUAAAUGGAAAUAUAUAAUAUGCCUUUCAUAUAUGAAAAUUAUAAGAUUUCCUGAAAAUUUUACCAUAAUGUGUAUACAUUUUGAAAGGACCCAAAUGUGCUGUAACCUAGAAAAUAUUUUGUCAUAUUUUCCCAUAAUUAGAGAUAACACUUUCAGAUAGGUAUUGAAAGUCUGAAAUAGUACAUCAGAUGAAACUUGACUACAAUUUUGAAACAGUGGUACCAGUAAAAAAACUAAUGUAUCAAUGAAUGAUGACAAAAUUUUAAUACCUUAAUUUACAUCCUUGGACUUUGGACUUUGUACAUUUAACUGCCCUUUAGUUUUCAGAAUAUGUUUACCUAAGUGCUACAAGCUCCUUUAUAACCAGUGUUCCUUCAAAUGCUGCUGAAGCCUGCUUAUUGUUCAUCCAAGUUCUGAAUUUGGACAUGUGCUCCUCUCUAUCUAAAUUGCAGGUCCUAUAUUGAAAUUUUAGAUCUGAACAUGAAAACACUCUAAAAAAAUUAGUGUCAAUAAUUCAUAGCCAAUACAUCAUAAGCAUUCUCUAAUGUCUAUACAUAUUUCUAAUAUUAAUUUAAAAUAUAUAAUUUGAUAUAAUUUUAAAAUAUGAGGAAUUUGAAGCUAGAAAUUUAUAUCAACUAUUACAAAAGCUAAUGAAGGAAUGAGAGAAAAUAUUUCUGUACUAGUCUUUCUGAUAUUGGAUAUGUAAUAUUGAAUUUAGAGUCUAAGCUGUAUUUUAUAAGCCAAUAUCCUAAUCUGAACCCUUACACCAUUUUCUAUCUCUUUAAACUACCUUCUUCCAAUGAUUUAGAUUUCCUGUCCAUUCAUUGGCAGCAAUAAUAACAAAUUUAAGACCAGUUUAAUUUCUUAGGAUACCAAAAAGUAUGUGGCAUUGGUUAUGACUCUAUGAAUUCCAAUUUUGGAAUCACUUAAUUCAGAGUGAAAUAAAGUUAACGUUAAUAUUAACUAUAAGAGCCAAGAAAAUGAAUGGGUAAACAAAUCCUAAAGGCCAUAUUAACUAAUUUAAGAAAACAAACCAUUUUCAAUCCUUCUGGCAAUACAAUUUAUGAGCUUAUAUUUAUUCAUUUGAAAGUAUUUAGUUAAAAGUAAAUUGUUCCAUGUAUUUAGAAGUAGUACAUUUCUAUUCAAAAUAUUAGCACAUUUUUAUUAGUUCAAGUAGAUCUUUUUCUAUGUAGCAUAAUAUAAUGCAGAUAAGUAGACAUAAUUUUAUUCAUGUGUAUUUUCAUAAAAUCAUAAUAUGGAAAUUUAAAAUGAAUAGGCUUCCUUCAAGUCAUUCCUACUUUAUGUUUUACUUUAAAGAUAAUUUUCAGACUUUCUGCAUUUCAUCACUAACAAAUAAUAUUGAAACUAACUAACCUGUAACAUGUGACUGAAUUGCUUCUGAAUCUUUGGAAACUAUGGUUAAUUUUUAUUGACUUACUUUAUGUGAAUUAUCUUACUAAAUUAUAGUUUAAUAAAUCUCCUAUAGUCAGUAAUAAUUUCAUUAACAUGUAUAUGUUAACCAAUUUUCAGACUAGUCAGAUGUCCUGCUUCAGGACUAGGGCAAAAGAUUUUGAAAUGGUCUAAGAGAACUGAAUUUCUAUUAAGCAGAACAUUCUAUGGUGUGUUAAGUGUUUGGAAUUGAGCUGAUGAGUCCCAGCAAAGUUUUACCCUUAGAAAGGUGGGGAAAAGUUUUAAGAUGGUCUGUGCCAAGAAUGGCCCCAGGGUAUUCCCUAAAAAAAUAUUGGCCACCAUCUUCCUAGGUGCUGCAAUUCCAUAAUAGUCAUUAUGGUUAGUCUUCAGUUUCAUAAAAAUGUUACUGCCUCAGACUUGCCAUUAACAGUGUCUCAGCACUCAUAUUGCCAACCAUCUACUGGCAUGCAAGGAAGACAGGUAAGAAGGGCCUGUGCAUCCUUUAGCAGUUGUUAACUAGAUACAGACCUACUUCACUCAGGAUAGUUAUGUCUCUCACUGAGAAGAGAUUUCUGAAGUCUACUAAGUGUUCUAAAUGAGUUACAUAUGUGUAUGUAAAUGUCUAUGUAUACUAUAUAUAUUCUACUUGUGUUUUUUUAAAAUUACUUAAAUUCUUAUGUCUUGUUCAAUAUGUAAGAUGAAAAUGGAGUCGUUCAGUGUUUGCAUUGUAGACAUGACAACUGUCUAUAUGGUAUAGUUGAACAUCUUUUGAUCACUGGCUGACUGCAUUGAUCAGCUUUCUGUCACUAUAACAAAAUACCUGAGAUAAUGAACUUAUAAGAAAGGCUUGUUUUUGUCUCACAACUUUGGAGGUUUCAAUCUGUGAGCAGUUGGCCCCGUGGCUUUGGGCUUGUGACAAAGUAGCACAUUAUGGCAGGGGAGUGAGGACAAAGCAAAACUGCUUACCUCAUGAUCAGGAAGUAAGGAAGGAGAGAGGAAAGGUCCAAGGUACCCAGGAUCAAGUGUGCACCCCGAAUGACCUAAGGCCUCCCAGUGGGCGUCACUUCCCAAAGGUUCUACCACCUCCCAAUAAUGCUACCUGGAACCAAGCCGCUGACAUGUAGACUUUUAGGGGGGUAUUCAGCCUCCAAGCUACAGCAUUAUUCAAUCUAAAGCAGUUGAUCUGGCUUUGAUAUUUGAAAUCAGAUGAUUAAAAUUUUUUAAUUUUAAAAUUACAUUACUAGAAAUAGAAAGCUUUUAAUAGUUAAUUUUAGAUUAAAAAAAAAACAGCAAAUGCCAUGUAUGCAUUCAACAAAUGUUUCCCAGAAUUCUCUUUUCACAAGGCAUAGCCACGGGUCUGGUGGAAGUGUUCCAUAUAUUUGGAUCAAAAAUCUUCAGUGUUUCUAUGUGUUAUUGAUUACUUGUGUCUCUUACCUAAAAUGACAUUGUUUGUAACCCAAACCUAUUCUAAUACAUGUACAUAUACAUACUGUGUGUAGCCAAGAACACUAAGUUGGUGAAAUAUCUUAGAAAACAUACAUUUGAAUUUGAAUGUCUAAUGCACAAGAAAAUUUAUUAGCAUUCCAGAUGAAUAUAUAUUUUUGUAACUGUGAAGUGAAUGAGUAGAACAUAGAAUUUUGCUUAAAAAUAUUUUUAUAAGUACUCAUGUACUCAAUAUUCACUAUUUUAAACAGUAAAAUAUCAAAUUGGUUCUUUUUAAAUAGUAAUUGUUUUGAACAUAUGUAUAUUUAACAUUGUAUAACAUCAACAAUUUAAUGAUAAAUUUCAUCUGAAAGUGUUAUUAGUCUUUUUUUUUGUAAAAUAUCUGUGACAUAAGUUCAAUCACUUCAUAUUUUGUGUGUGGUUAAAAUUAUCAAAGUACAUUAUGUAUUUUAUAUUAUUCAUUUUUGUCUGCAUAAAAGAUUAGAAUAGUAACAUUGUAUCCUAAGUGUCAAUAAUAAUAAAUUGUAGUGUGACCAGUUCAA